GACAGCCGCCGCGGCGCCGGCGCUGGCCACGGAGCAGGCGCACAGCCCGGCCCCCGCCGCUCCCGGCCCCUGGGCAGCGAAAGAUGGCGGCGGCGGUCCGGCUGGGGCGGCGCGGCGUCCGUGGGGGUGCCGCGGCCUGCUUCUCUGGCAUCCGGCGGUUUUUCAGCCGUGGGCCAAAUGUGCUGCUUCAAGACAGCAAUGCACCGCAAGCUGCAUUCUUUUCACCUCUUCAAAAAGCAAUGUUGCCACCGAAUACCUUUCAAGGGAAAGUGGCCUUUAUAACUGGUGGAGGUACUGGGAUUGGCAAAGGGAUGACAACAACUUUGUCCAGUUUAGGUGCCGUGUGUGUUAUAGCAAGCCGGAAGCUCGAUGUUUUGAAAGGAACAGCAGAAGAAAUUUCUUCUAAAACAGGCAAUAAGGUUCAUGCCAUCCAGUGUGAUGUGAGAGAGCCAGUUUCAGUUAAGAAUGCUGUUGCCGAAUUAAUCCAAGUGGCAGGACAUCCUGAUGUUGUGAUAAACAAUGCAGCUGGAAACUUUAUUUCCCCUUCUGAACGACUUUCUGCUAAUGCAUGGAAAACAAUAACUGAUAUUGUUCUUAAUGGUACUGCUUUUAUAACUCUGGAAAUCGGAAAGGAGCUCAUUAAAGUAAAAAAAGGAGCAGCAUUCCUGGCUAUUACAACAAUUUAUGCAGAGAGUGGUUCAGGAUUUGUGUUGCCAAGCGCCUCUGCCAAAGCUGGUGUAGAAGCAAUGAGCAAGUCUCUUGCGGCUGAGUGGGGUAGAUAUGGCAUGAGAUUCAAUGUGAUUCAACCAGGUCCAAUAAAAACAAAGGGUGCUUUUAGCCGCCUUGACCCGACAGGCUCAUUUGAGAAGAAACUUAUUGAGAGGAUUCCCUGUGGUCGUCUGGGAACUGUAGAAGAAAUAGCAAAUCUUGCUGCCUAUUUCUGCAGUGACUAUGCAAGCUGGGUUAAUGGAGCAGUUAUUAGAAUGGAUGGUGGAGAAUAUGUUUCUAUGGCAGGAGAAUUCAAUGAUUUGAAGAAGGUUACCAAAGAGCAGUGGGAUAUGAUGGAAGCAAUGAUUAGAAAAACAAAAGGCUCUUAAAGUACAUAACUAUAUGGUGGAGAUUUUUGGAAAUGAACCACUACUUUUUCAUGAAUACUUAGAAAUAACCAAUAGAAAAAUAGUUUAAAAAUCUUUUGUAUGGUAAUUUCAAUAAAGUAUUUUGAAAUAGUCA